AUGGCUUUCUACACUACCAUGUCUCAGGUCCUUUUUCUCCUGAUCUGGUGUUCUAUUCUGAUAUGUCUCUCUUCAGGAUUCCCUACCAGUGAAUCAUCAGUUUCCCUUUCAAAGGCUGAACAAGACUUUGAAAUGUUCCAGCAAUGGAUGGCGGAGCAUGGAAGAGUCUACCCAAACUCUGAAGAGAGCAACACUAGAUUCCAAAUAUUCCAAAGGAAUCUCAAGUAUAUUACUGAAACGAAUGCUAAGAGAUCCAAGUCACCAUCUGGGUAUCGAAGUUGUUGGGCAUUUGGAGCCAGUGGGGCCUUGGAAUCGGUUUAUGCAAUAACCACCGGCAAACUUGUUAGCCUUUCUGAGCAAGAACUCGUAGACUGCGACACCUUGACCCAAGGUUGUGCAGGUGGAUGGCCCCAUAAUGCCUUUGAAUGGGUCAUCCAAAAUGGCGGGAUUAGUAAAGAAGAAGAUUAUCCUUAUGUUUUUCAGCAGGGUCCUUGCAAAGCCAACAUGCAUGAUGGAGACAAAGUGGCUAAAAUUAGUAGCCACAGCCAGAUACCAGAAUCGGAUGAUGCUCUCUUGUGUGCCGCUUCUAAGCAGCCUGGAAUUUAUGGCGGUGAGAAUUGCCCCGAGGAUUCAACCGGUGUGACUCAUGUCGUUUUGAUUGUUGGAUGUGACUCAAAAGAUGGCACAGAUUAUUGA